AGUCCACACUCCAUAUAAAUUAGGAGUUGCGGCAAGCGGCAGCUGAGAAUAACGGAGCAACCGGUUCCACCGUCACGCCCCCAGUCUUAUUGGCGAGAUCACUCUCUAGCCUUAGACUUCCGGCCGAUCUCCGACCCCUCUUGUCUGCUCCCCUUCCUCUCUCCACUUCUUCUCUCCUCUCUUUCGUUCCAUCUUCCCCACCAAAACCCUAGCAUCCCCGUCGAUCGACUGAGAAACCCUAGCCCCGGCGGCCGCCAUCGAUGUCCGUGGAGAGAUCCCUGGAAGCGUGGGAGGAGGUCCAGCGCCAUGGCCAGGACCUCGCGGACCGCCUCGCCCAGGGCCUUACCGGCCUGAUCCAAUCCCACAUGAGCCCCCCCGGCUUCUCCUGGCCCUCCCCCCUGAAGAAGCCGUUCGACCUCGACCUCCCCGCGUUCCACGUCUCCGGCCAGCCCGAUCUCGCCGCCGGCGGCGUCUCCGCCUUCCUCGACAUCGGAAGUCGUCUCGGCCAGGCUGGGGCGGAGUUCGGCGCCUGCCUGAACGGUGUCGUGCAGCAGUUCUUCCGCCAGCUGCCGGUGCCAUUCCGUCAGGACGAGGGCGGGGCGGUUGCGGCCGUUCUGCCGGCAGCUGAGAGGCGCGCUGGUGGUGGGAACGUGCUGGGACUGGCGGUGGAGCAGUUUGGCGAUCGGGGUUUCUCAGAGGCGGCGGCCGCUGGUAGCUCGGAUGAAUGGGGUGAUGAAGAGGGGUUGGGAUUUGAUGUUAAAGCAUCGGGGCAUCUGAAAAGGCCGCGGGGGAUCAUUAAUAUCACAUCAACUUAUGACACUAGAACUCAUGACGUGGAAAGUUCCUUGGUUGCAAGGGGAGACCUGUGGAGAGUAGAGGCAUCGCAUGGUGGUUCAACCUCAGGAAAUGAGAGUUCACCUCUUUUCCUCAUUCAGCUGGGACCUGUACUGUUUGUUCGGGAUACAACACUUCUUUUACCAGUUCAUUUAUCAAAGCAACACUUGCUUUGGUAUGGUUAUGAUCGGAAGAAUGGAAUGCAUUCCCUCUGUCCAGCAUUAUGGUCAAAACAUAGAAGAUGGUUGCUGAUGUCAAUGAUCUGUCUCAACCCUCCUGCUUGCUCAUUCAUGGACUUGCAAUUCCCAAAUGGGCAGCUUACUUACGUGGCUGGUGAAGGGUUGACUUCUACUGCUUUCUUGCCUAUAUUUGGCGGCUUGCUUCAAGCUCAAGGUCGAUAUCCAGGAGAAACAAGAAUUAGCUUCUCUUUCAAGAAUAAAAAAGGAACACGGAUUACCCCAAUGGUGCAGUUGCCUGAUAAGUCUUUUUCAGUAGGGGUUGCACAAGCCAUUGCAUGGAAAAGAUCUGGUCUCAUGCUACGACCAAGCAUCCAAUUCAGCAUAUGCCCCACUUUUGGUGGAAGCAAUCCUGGGAUUCGUGCAGAGCUCAUCCAUUCAAUCAAGGAGGAACUCAAUCUGAUUUAUGGAUGUUCUUGCACAGAGCAUCCUUCUGCUUUUGCCUCCUUAUCUCUGGGGAGAUCCAAGUGGAAUGGGCAUGUCGGGAGCUCGGGAAUAGUUGUCAGAGUGGAGACUCCUCUCAGCAAUAUUGGCAGGCCAUCUUUGUUGGUUCAGUUAAACAGUGGAUUCGAGUUUUGAUUCUUCAGACAAAUGAAAUCAAAUACUUUUUUUCUUCUUGCCACAUAAUCACUUUGCUGCGAAAUUUACCUGUUGAAGAUUCCAAAGUGUUCAGACAUCUCUUCCAGGUCAUCUUGGUUGCUGAGGCAUCAUCCAGAUCUGAGAAGUCAUCCAGUUUAAAGGUCGAGAACACCCAAAUUAACCUCAGAAGAAAGUUUGAAUACAUAGUCGACAGGAAAAUCAUGAUGCAAUUGGAACUCUGAGAACUCAGAAUGUAACAGAACAUCUAUAUUUCCCAGUAUGGUUACUCGGUUUGGUCACAAUUGUUUUCUCCUUUCCAAUCCCUGUAUCAGUUGCCUCUGUCAGUCAGUUCUAUGAUGGAUUAUUCUUCCAAACAGAUCGUUUCUAGUAUAUAGCGCGCCAAAAGUGGGAAGGAUUGAUGCUUAGAUUAUUCGUAACUACAAUGCAACAGAUUCAAGCUCAAGCAAAUUUGUUUCCCUGGAAAGUUGUAAACACAACUCAGCUGAUGAUGUUUAGACUGGACUGAUUUAAUUCUUGUGUACUAAACUAUUUGUUAGUUUGUAUAAAGUAGCAAUCAGAGUUAAUUUACUGAAGAAAUCACUUAAGCAGGGAACCAUCUGCUCCUGAAUAUCUGUUUCCGGUUCUACUGAAUUGGCUAAAUUGUUUUUGAAGGAUUUGAAGAUGACCUGACCAGGCAUGUUUUCCAGA